AUGGAGCAUUCGGGGGCGAACAAGGGUUUCUUCCAGCCUCCACCGAUUUUGCCGAACCAGUUCUAUGACGAUGUUUCCUUUCAAAGAUGCUUCAAACUAUUCCUCCCCUUUAGCGUGAUUACAGAGGUCGAGGCUGAAGUCGCGGCCUUGGGGAGGGAUGUCCUCUCCGACGAGGUGUUUGCUUGGAUCACAGAUGCCGAGCGCAACAAGCCCUAUCUCAAGGGCAGCGGCCGCGAUGCCUUUGGCAGAUGGCACGGCGAACUGGUGACUGGUGAGGGAUGGCGCGAGCUGCAAAAGUUUGGGCUUUCUAGGGGCAUCGUUGCCACUGGCUAUGACACGCCAUAUGGCGCAUUCUCUCGCCCUCUGCAGUUUCUGCGUCUGCACCUCUGGGAGGCCUCGUCCGCCAAUGUGACGUGCCCCUCUGCGAUGCAGGAUGGCGCGGCUGCUCUACUCAGGAGGCACUUGGCGUCUCGACGCAUCAGCGAGGCAGAGCGCAAGGUCUUUGAGGAUGCCUAUCGCCGACUCAUUUCUCGCGACCCGAGCGUUGCCUGGACCAGUGGUCAGUGGAUGACGGAGCGCUCUGGAGGCAGCGACGUAUCUCAGACUGAGACUGUUGCCACCUACCAGCCCGAGGAGGCUGAGGGCGCGCUCGCUUCGAGGGAAGGCAAGAUACCCCUCGGACCGUGGAGUAUCAAUGGAUUCAAAUGGUUCUCGUCCGCAACAGACUCCAACAUGACCAUUCUGCUCGCCCGUACCUCGCAAGGCGGGCUGAGCACCUUUUUCGCGCCCAUGCGGCGACACGACCCUACUGCCAAAACCAUGACUGGACAUCCCAAGGCAAACGGAUCUCGGCUCAACGGCGUCUGGAUCCAGCGGCUCAAGAACAAGCUGGGCACACAGUCGCUUCCGACUGCCGAGCUCGUCCUUGAAGAUAUGCGCGGCUGGAAGAUUGGCGAGGAGGGCAGGGGCAUCCAAGAGAUUAGCACAAUCUUGACUCUCACUAGGAUUCACAACGUCGUUACAGCGUGCGGUUAUGUUGGUCGCGGACUGGGUAUCGCUAGGGCGUAUGCGCGUCGACGAGAAGUUGGGGCUGGCCGCGGUGCCCGGAUGAAGCUGACCGAGAGCACGUUGCAUAUGCGCACUCUGGCGAACCUGACGGCCGAGUAUCACGGAUUGAUGCUCCUCAGCAACUUCUGCGGCUAUCUUUUGGGCAUUUCGGAGCACGAGGCAACGCCGCCAACCUCGGCUCUCGCCGCUCUUACGCCGGCAGACCGUCUCAUCGAUCCCCUACUCCGCAUCGUCGUGCCGCUCGCCAAAGCCUACGUGUGCAAGGCCUCUGUCCCGCUGCUGUACUCGUGCAUGGAAUCGCUCGGCGGCGUGGGCUAUCUCGUCAACGAAGAGCAGGAAUAUCUCAAUGUGGCUCGACUUUACCGCGACUGCUGUGUUUUACCCAUCUGGGAGGGCACAACCGACGUCUUGUGCACGGAUAUGAUUCGCGCACUCAAGCAUCCCAAGACAGGCGCUCAAUCGCUGGAUGCUCUCGAGAACUUUAUCAAAACUUCAUCCGCCCUUGAGAACGAAACUACUGUCUCCAAACCCCCUGACUGGGACCCCGUAGCCAAGUGGACUGCUAUGCGAACAUAUAUUGACGAGAAGAAGCAGGCCGACCUGGUUGGCGAGGGCAGGGAGAUUCUAUGGGACAUUGCCGAGAUUCUCAUUUCCCUGUUGCUCUUCGUUGAUGCCAGCACCGAUGGAAACGAGGCGGCGCAAGAAAUCUUCCGCCGGUUUGUCCAGGACAAGUUUUCGAGGGAGAAGCGCAGGAGGAAUACUACGGCGGAGGAGCUGAGCAGGGACUUGACCAUUGUGUACGGCGUCGAGGAGGCGGCGGCUGUGAACAGGGAGAUUGUUCCGAAACUGUAA